AUGCAAUUCAAAACUACUGCCUUAUUGGCCAUAUUAUCUACACUUAGUUCAAUUCAUGCCUCAUGUUCAUAUGAUGAUGGAAACUAUUACUGUUCAGAAACUAAAAAAGUUAUCUAUAAAGGUAUUGGUUUCAAAGGUACCUAUCAAGAUGUUACCAAUAUGGAUGAAACUUCAGGUACUUGUACUCAAGAAUCAUAUUCUUUCAGUGGUAAUUUAUCACCAUUAGAUGAAGAAUUAUCUGUUCAUUUCAGAGGUCCAAUUAGAUUAUUACAAUUUGGUGUUUACUACCCAUCUUCAAGUAGUGAUAAAAAGAAGAGAGAAGUUCAAGAAGAUUGUAGUCCUAGACAUGCUCAUCAUCAACAUAAAAAGAGAGCUACUGAAGUUGUUCAAGUUACUCAAACUGUUUUUGUUGAUUCUAAUGGUAACCUUGUUACUUCAGAAGCCACUGAAACUCAAACUCCUACUACUGAAGCUCAAAUUGAAGAACAAGAAGCUGAUACUAAAGCCAACACUGAUACUGAUACUGAUACUGACACUGAUACUGAAGUUGGACAAAUUUCUGCUCUUGAAGGUGAAGGUAAAGCUUAUAGAACUGAUAUUUCUACUAGUGCUGCCCCAACUACUACUUCAUCCAAAGCUUCUGAUUCUUCAGAAACCGCUUCUGUUGAUGGUGCUUGGACUAGAGAUUCUUACUAUACUCCAGGUAGUACCGACAACUGUGUUUUCUUGAACUACCAUGGUGGUUCCGGUUCUGGUGUUUGGUCUGCUACUUUUGGUAACUCUUUAUCUUAUGCUAAUUCUGAUAACUCUGGUGGUUCUUCUUCCCCAGUUGCAUUGGAUGAUGUUACUAUUAAAUCCAACAAAGAAUUUGUUAUCAUGUCUGGUACUAAAUGUUCUGAUGAAACCGGUUGUGGUUACUACAGAGAAGGUUCUGUUGCUCAUCAUGGUUUCGGAGGUUCUGAAAAGAUUUUCGUUUUUGAAUUUGAAAUGCCAACUGAUUCUGGAAGUGGUUAUAAUCAAGAUAUGCCAGCUGUUUGGUUAUUAAAUGCUAAAAUCCCAAGAACUUUACAAUAUGGUGAUGCUUCAUGUUCAUGUUGGAAGACUGGUUGUGGUGAAUUAGAUUUGUUUGAAAUCUUAAGUGCCGGUUCUAGUAAAUUGAUUUCUCACUUACACGAUGGUCAAGGUGUUGGUUCUAACACUAACUCUGGUGGUGGUGGUUCUCAAGAUUAUUUUGCCAGACCAACUUCUGGUUCUUUCAAAGGGGUUGUUAUUUUCACUAGUGAUGAAAUUCAUAUCUUACAAGUUGAUGAUGACACUGAUUUCAGCUCUUCUUUGGAUGCCGAUACCGUUAACGGAUGGUUGAGUGAAUCUGGUUCCUCUGCUUCCAUCGGUUAUUAG